AUGACUGAGUUUUUUGACUGGAACCAUUCCAAUCUGAAUUGGGCGCACUUCCAUUCUCUCGCAAACCUUCUCUCACUCCGCAACGGUGGCCAAGCCGAACCUGCCGCAUUGUUCGAGGCUGUACUUGAGCAGGGUGGAGAGAUUCGCGAUGGCGGAGAUGAAGAUGCUUUUAGUGUGGAUACUGCUGUCGUAGAUCAGAUAUCAGAUUCAGGGCAUAGCAAACUGAAGAGAAGGUUCCUCGACUGUUUGGCUGGACUCGCAGCUAAUGAGAGGGGCGGCAAAGCAGUUGCUUGCUCGGCCAUGAAAGAGGCUGAGGAUAGUGUUGUCAUCUGGCUAGCUCGUAAUAAUGGUUUCCUGGACGAGGAUAAACGUGUGUUCGAUAUUUUCGCAGAGCUGCUGAGUUCAUUGUCCUGUGAUAAAGUUCAGAACUUCGAGAGUGUCUUAUGGAAAGAGAUGGUGUCUUACCACUGUCGUCGGAUUAAACAGGAUUACAUUCCCAAUUUGAGAUCAAGCUUCAGAGCCUACGAUGCUACCCCAGCAAGAGACCUUGCCGAUGUGGCGGCGUACGAUCCAGAUCCCAAAACCGCGUUAUCAGUCCUACGAACUCUCCUUGUCGAUAGCCUUUUUGAUAGUGCCAAUGUCUUUGAGAAGUAUGCGAAUCUGGUAGUGGCGUCCUACGACCUGCGUCGGACGAGAUCCGUUGAAGAGGUGCUGAACAACUCCACGUAUGCAACUUCAAAAUCGAAGAAAUUGUGGCAGAGCAUUUGUAUGCUUUCCCGGCUUCUUGUUGCGUACCAAACUUUUUUGGACGUCGCCCAGACACUCCCGAGCUUCGCGCAAGUCGAGGUCGUCCUGGUGCCCCUUCUGGUCGCGCCUUCGAAUCCGCCGCAACCACCACUCACGUUGAAGCAAACAUUCAAAUUACUCGACUUGUAUCUGAACGACUCUACAAGGGAAGCUGUUCUAGCUAAAAAUUGCAAAGCCAUCGAGACUGGAAAGACGUUUGCAAAUUUGCAGAAGCAGAAGCCCUAUGUGCACGCCGAGGUACAAAUGAUGGUCUUCCUAGCUGCCAAUGAACCAAUGAACUCUGACUUAUUCCCGUACUUUGGUUGUAGCAAGCUGAGCUGCUUCAUGUGUAGUCGGUUCCUACAGGCAUAUGGUCUGUUUUCCACAAGAGGGUGCCAUGGCCGUCUCUUCAAGCCAUGGACUGUUCCGAGCACAGACAAAUUACUCCCGGGUCAUGCCGACCGAAUAGCUAGAGCUCUUGCGUUGGUCCAAGAGGAUGUCAAAAACAAGUUGAAGGAAUCGGUAAAGAGCCACGUCCGGCUCGAGCGAACUUCGAUCGUCGGAGGAAGCAGCAUUGUGCGUGAGCAGCCGGAGGGUAACUCGUCAAGGAGAUCGCAAAUCGAUAAGCUGGAAAAGAAAGCCACAUACGAGAGAGUCUCAGCAAGCUUCAGAAGGUCAGCAAGCUACUAA